AUGCAUGUUCCUGUUCCGCAACCCCCUGCCGCCCAGAACGUAGCAGGGCAGCAGCUAGAAGUUAAACUUGCCGCCCAGCAGGGGGACAUCCAGCAGCUGCUGAUGGAGAAUCAACGGCUGGCGGCGACCCACGUGGCGCUCAGGCAGGAGCUGGCCUCUGCGCAGGGGGAGAUCCAACGGCUGAAAGGCGCCGUUGGGGAGAAGGACCAGGUGGUCAGGGGCCUGAUGGAUACCAAGGCGAAGCUCGAAGCGGACCUGAGAGGCGCAGACACACUGAGGCAGGAGCUGCAGGCGGCAAGGCAGGAGCUUCAGGGCACGAGGGGCGAGAUCCAGGCGCUGACGUCACGCAGGCAGGCAGAGGAAGCUGCGCGGAUGGCGCAGCAUCAGCAGCACCAGCAGCAGCAGCAGCAGCUGCAGCAGCAGUCGGCGCAGCUGCAGCAGCAGCAGGCGAAGAUUCAGCAGCAGGCGGCGCAGAUAGGGCAGAUGAACCAGGACCUGAACCGCAUGCAUGCAGACGUGCAGCUGCUGCCCAAACUUCGGCAGGAAAUAGACGGCCUUACACAAGAACUCGCACUCGCCAGGCAAGCGGUGGAGUACGAGAAGAAGGCCAACAUGGAUCUCGUGGAGCAGCGGGGCGCCAUGGAGAAGAAUCUCAUUGCUUCUGCUCGGGACGUGGAGCGUCUCAAGGCGCAAAUCGCCAACCUGCCACCCAUGAUGAGCCAAGGAAGCGGCUAUUCUGGGAUGCCCUACCAGGGGGUUAGCGGAGGGUACAUGGACUAUGGGUCGCAGCUGAACCAGCAGUUUUCAAGCUACAGCAGCCCAAUGACACCCCCCAAUCCCAAUGCUACAGCUGGAGCAGGAGGAGCAGCAGGAGGCGGGAUGGGAUUGCCUGGGGCAAUGGGCGGUGGGAUGGGCGGCGGGAUGGGCGGCGGAAUGGGCGGAGGCAUGGCCGGCGGCAUGACCACCUCGUACGGAAUACGCCCACCAGUGCCGGCCGCCCCGUACGGCUCGUCGGCCCCAAUGUCCCCUGGUUCGGGGAAGGGCGGAUCCGGGCAAAUGCGUAACCAGCCGCGUUCGGGGUAUUGA